CAAAGAACCAUAGAACGAGGACAGUGGUACACCAUCGUCUUGCAGUGCGCUUCUUUCGCACUCUUCUUCUUUCUUUCAUGCGAGUUUCGUUUUCUUGAUUUCCUUGCACUUCUCUCCCUCGUGGCUCCUUCUCCUCGCAUCCUUGCCUACUUGGCGCGGCGAGGCCGGUACCCCACGCCCAGCAUGGCUCUCACGCCGGUCGAACAUACAUUCCAUGUCCCUCCUCCAGACCCGGUUGAACCGCCUCCAGACGUCGCAGUGACGCCCUGUGAUCCGUGGCCAGCGCCCUACUAUCUCGAGGGAGGCUUGCGCAGAGUCAAGCCCUAUCAUUAUACCUACAAUACCUACUGCAAGGAGCGAUGGCGGGGUAGGGAACUGUUGGAGAUUUUCCUAUCGGAAUUCAGAGAUAGAGAGCCGGAGUAUUAUAAGUGGGCCAUCGAGACCGGCCAGGUCACUGUUGGCGGCAAAACCGCAACCACUACGACAAAGGUUCUCAACGGCCAGGUCGUAUCUCAUACCCUCCAUCGUCAUGAACCUCCCGUGACUGCUCAGCCGAUUGGUGUAAUCCAUGAGGAUGACGAUAUGCUUGUGAUUGAUAAACCGGCCGGUGUGCCUGUCCACUCUGCUGGGCGAUACCACUUCAACUCGAUCGUCGAGAUCCUACGCGCAGAACGUGGCGGAUGGAAACCGCUCCCCUGUAAUCGGCUCGACAGGCUCACGUCCGGUGUUAUGUUCAUUGGGAAACACCCCAAAGCAGCAGAGAAGAUUGCCAAGCAGUUGCAGGAGCGCAGCGUGCAGAAGGAAUAUAUUGCGCGGGUGAAGGGCAAGUUUCCGGAGGGAGUUGUCGUCUGCGACCAACCUAUCGUUUCAGUCAGUCCAAAGCUGGGAUUGAACAGGGUUAGAGCGACAGGAAAACAUGCGAAGACGAAGUUCCGCCGCGUCGCAUAUUACCCCCCGCGUUCUCAGCGGCCGCAGGUUGCUCCGGAAAAUGGAGACAAUACUGACGAUGGUCGUAAAGCUGCUACACCGCCACCCUCAGAUGUUGCCAACGAGGAUGAUGGUUAUAGUAUCGUUCACUGUCUACCGCUGACCGGUCGUACGCAUCAAAUCCGUGUACAUCUACAAUUCCUUGGCCACCCGAUCACCAACGACCCCAUCUAUUCAAACCGCCGCGUGUUUGGACCGGAUCUGGGCAAGAACGAAAGUUCCUCCGAGCGUGAUCAGGAGAUCAUCGAGCGCUUGUCGGCUAUGGGAAAGACGGAAAUGGCUGAGACGGUUGCGUACCGUACACAUCUGACCACACCCCCUCGGGUCCCGCCUGGCACUGAUCCUGCUGUUAUCGACCAGAUCAUGGCGCGUGAACAUGAUGCUGCUGUUGUCGACUACUACAAGAAAAAGGGCGAGAAGCUGUCUGGCAAGAAGUGCGAGAUCUGUAACACGGAGCUAUAUACCGACCCCGGUCCCCAUGAACUUGGUAUCUAUCUGCAUGCUGUGGCCUACGCUGAUAAGGCCGGCGACUGGAAGUACUGCAGCAAGAUGCCUUCAUGGGCGCUUCCGCCUCCAGGAAUGGAUGGUUUAAGAGAGACUCCUGAUUGGAAGGAUGCUGAGGAAGGUGAGGAGAUCACCAUCGGCGGAGGAACCAUUCCCGGUAUGAUUGAAGACGACGAAGGGACAAAGGACGAAGUCCAAGCUCUCGUGCGAGGCGUUGGCAUUGUCGAUAUCUCAGGGACGAGAGCUGAGGGACAGUCAAAAGGAGAGCAGGAAUCCCCCUUUCCGCGCCCGGCUGAGGAGGAGGAAGUCCAACCAGCGCCAGCUGUCAUCGCUGCGACAGCAAGUUGAGUUUGGCUUGUGGUUCCAGACUGUUCAGCCGAUGGCCGCGUUGGAGGUUACAUAUAAAAGUCUUGCCAUAUAUAAUACUGCAUAGCGUCUGUUCCGUUUAUUCAAUACCAUUUCAGCUACAUAUAGAUCAAUCGAUUUGAAAAGGGCGA